AUGAAGCCUCCAUUCUCUUCCACCUAUCCCUCGCCGUAUAUCUCCCCUCCCCGCGCUCCGCCAUAUCUUCCCCCGCACGAGCAACCUCCGCCCAUCCCAUCCGCCGCGCCCGCUGUCUUCCCCUCCCCGCACCUCAACUCCCCCCAUUCCCCGCGUUCCCCUUACUCCCCCCGUUCCGCGCGAUCUCCGCCGACCUAUUCCCUUUCCGCCUGCUCCCCCGCCACCUCCCCGCCACUCGCUUCACCCUUCCUCCCCAACUCCAUUGCGGAAGCUGCGCGCUCGUUCCUAUCUUCCGCCGUCCUCUCCCCCUUGGGGGAAACCAUUAAGGCUUCCGCGGUGGCGGGGGAGAGACGGGGGGGAGUUGGCGGUGUCGAUUCGGGGAAACGUGGGGAAGCAGGCGCAAGCAGCGGAGCGGCUAGAGGCGACGGGAGGGACGGCUGCGGAGGAGGCGCGAGCUCGGGGGACGGCGGAAGGAACCCUGGCGGAGCAAGCGGAGCAGGCGGAGCGGCGCUGGGCGGAGAAAGACUCGCGGGUUUAAAGGCUUCCGCCAGGCGCGCGGCGGAGGAGGAGGCGGCGGUGACGAUGGGUCCCGCGGCGAUCUUCGGGGCGCCGCUGAGAGGCGGAGCGGCGGCGGCGGCGGCGGGCGCGUGGGGGUCAUCGGCGCAAGCAGCCGCGUUACAUGCGCCUUCGUUACAAUCACAUCCGCAGCAGCUGCCGGCAGGAUCGCGGCGCUACCCGUACAUGCACACUGCCAUCUACGGAUGCGGGUUUGGGGAGGGGAUGGAGAAGGUUGUGGGGGUGGGGGAAGGGAAAGGGUGUGGGGGGGGUGUGGGGAGGGGGGGGGGAAGGGGUAUGCGUGGAGGGGGGGAGGGGAAAGGGGUAUGCGUGGGGGACAGUUGGGGUGGGAAAGAGGGGGGGAUGGGGAGGGGGGAGGGGAGGGGGAAGAUGGGGAAUGUGCAUGGGUGCGCACUGCGCUGGGUCUUUUACUGCUAUGACUCACUCCAUCACUCUCCCCUCGUCAUUUUCUUACGUGAAUCCCCCCACCCCACUUGCUUCCCGCCGCCCCUCCCUCUGCACUCAUGUUCCCAAUUCUUAACUGUAACCACUACUGUUCUGCCCCUCCCUCCCUGCCUCCCUCCCUGCCUCCUUUCCUCGCUCCCUCCCUCCCUCCCUCCCUCCCUCCCUCCCUCCCUCCCUCCCUCCCCCCCCCCACUCCCUCCCUCCCUCCCUCCCUCCCUCCCUCCCUCCCUCCCUCCUUCCCUCCCUCUCUCCCUCCCUCCCCCCCUCCCUCCCCCCCUCCCUCCCUCCCUCCCUCCCUCCCUCCCUCCCCCCCUCCCUCCCUCCCUCCCUCCCUCCCUCCCUCCCCCCCUCUCCCCCUCCCUCGCUCUGCGUGCACUGUCCGUGCAACAGGGGACUGGAGUCGCUGGCAGCGUUUCUGCUGCAGCGCUCUGCUCCCUUUUACAUUCAAACUUCCUCUCGUCAUCCACCAACGGUUCCACCUCCCCCUUUCUUAUCCCCCUUUCCCCUCCCCAUUUCCCCCUCCCCCUUUUCCGUCCCCUUUUCCCCCCCUCCCCUUUCCCCCUCCGCUUUCCGCCUCCCUCUUUUCCCCUCCCCUUAUCCCCCUCCCCCUCUCUCCCCCCCCUCCAUCCCAUUUCCCCUUCGCCAUCCCCAUCCCACCAGCCAUCGUCCUUGCAAUAG